GGAAAUGCACUUCUGUCUGCAACCUGAAAAUACUGACAAAACCCCUAAGGAUGAGGCAGUGCUCUUGCAAGCAGGUCUUGGAAGGAGGACCAUAAAUCUUGCUGAUAAUGUGGAUCAUGCAGAGAUAAGCCGAGUACUGCUGGAAGAAUUUCCAAAAAUGAGAGACUUGCGUGGUGGUUGGCUCCUGAAAAAAGCUUCAGGUGGCAGUGGACAAAGAAAGACCACUCCAUUGCCCCAGGGCACUGAAGGGUACACAGCAAAGAUUCUUAGGUCUUCAUCAAACAAUGGAAAAAAUGUUAUAUACAUUGUCCCUCUUCAAGAAAAAAUAGAUACUACCCCACUGCCAUAUGAUGCUCCAGAGUUUGAAAGAAUGCCAAAAAAACACAUGCAUGACGUGUGGCAAGUUGGUUCCUCUGCCCCUGAUCCAGUUCCAUAUUGAGUCCUGUGGAGAUAAUAAAGAUGAAUCUGAAGAGGAAGCAGACCAGACAGCAGAACAGGAUCCAGAUCUUAUGUGUGUGGACUCCUGUCCAAUUUGUGGAAAGCAGUUCCCUGCAGAGAUUGUUGCCUACCGUGCAAGUUCAUGUGGGGAAAGUUUUGCAGAAAUUAUUUCCACAUCUACACUGCCUGACUCCGAAGGUGUGCAAAUGGUCUCUGAAGGCAGCACUAGUGCCUCAUUUUUCUCUGUCGACUCAACACUUCACACAGGACCUAGCACAUCAGCGACCCUUCCAGCAGAGGAUAUCCCAUUAGGGUCCAGACCUGUACAAAUGGAUGAUCUGGCUUGGAAGAGCAUUGUCAGUCCAGAACUAGCAGCAGAUCACUACAGAAGACAGUGCCUGCAAAACAAAGAAGAUGAGCCGACCCUGAAAAUUAAAAUAGAUAUCAGAGAAGAUGUAGAGGAGCAAGAGGGCACAAUCUUCAACUUUUACAAGGCUCCCAACAUCGACUGGGCCAAACCAUUCCAAGCUAAACUACAGGGAGAUUUGGCUAUUGGGGAUGGCGUUAAUCGACACUUCUUAAGUAUGGUAAUGCACAAAUUGCAGCAUGGUUUCACUGUUGAUUUUGGAAAUGCAUCCAGCACUUUGCUCUUUGAGGGCCAACCUGACCACCUAAUCCCUUCCACCUCCCAAGUGUUGGCACAGAAUGAAAUGUUUACCAUGGCAGGGAGAAUGAUAGGCCAUUCUUUCCUUCAUGGCGGCCCUCGUCUGACAGGACUUAGCCAAGCGGUUCUUCAUGUGCUGUUAGGUGGAACACCCCAGACAGCCACCAUCACCCUCGACGAUGUGGCAGAUAUAGACAUCAAGGAGACCAUAAGACCGGUUACCUCUGAUUAUGUACACUUUUCCCCGCAAUGAAGCUGUUUCUCCCAGAUCCUCGGAUGGAAAACAUAAGGCGGGC